AUGGAAGAAAUAAACAUAUUAUUGCUUGGUGAAAGUGGUAUAGGAAAGUCUACAUUUAUAAACGCGUUCGCCAACUAUCUUAAAUUUCCUAGUUUAGACGAGGCAAAAUCCGGGGACUUGGAAAUAUUAAUCCCAUUCAGGGUUAAAGUAGGAAUAAAUGAUAAUAUAACUGUGGGUGAAAAAGACCAAAACGAAUCCCUAAUUGAAGGAGACUCAUCAACUCUAGGAUGCAGAGUCUACAGGUUCUGUAUUGGAGAUAAAGUCAUAAGAUUAAUCGAUACACCCGGUAUAGGAGACACUAGAGGAGUUAAACAAGACAAGAUAAAUUUAGAAAAUAUUUUGGCCUAUAUUAAUCAAUUCCAAUAUAUAAAUGGAAUAUGCAUGUUAUUUAAAUCAAACCAGACACGACUGAAGGAUGAGUUCAAAUACUGCGUAAAAGCAUUGGUAUCACAGCUUCAUAAAAGCGUCAAGGACAAUAUUAUAUUCUGCUUUACCCAUACUAAAGGAUCAAACUUUAAACCAGGAAACACAUUAGAACUUCUGAAGAAGCUAAUAAAAAAUGAUCUCAAAGUCGAGCUUAAGACUAAUGAUAAUACUAUAUACUGUUUUGAUAACAAAUCAUUAUCAUUCAUAGUGCAGCAUAAGAAAGAUAUGACAUUCGAUAAAUUUACAGAAAUAAGCGUUGUAUUUAGCUGGGAAAAGUCUGUCAAUGAAUCACAGAGGCUACUUAAAUAUCUUAUGUCACUUACCCCUUGCAAUAUGAGGGAUUCUGGAUCACUUUACAAUGCUAGAGUAAUGGUGUCAAAUCUUGCCAUACUCAUUGUUUUGAUAGCACAAAACAUAAUUGAAGAGUUUGAAAAAGUGAAACAUAUUAAAAAGAUAUUUACAGAAUUUCUUAUAUGUAAUACUUUGGCUGCUUUCGAUGAUGUAUAUCUAAAAUGUUUGCAAAGUAUAAAGGAUGAUAAAGUAACUCGUCAAAAUAAUCUUGAGAAGCAUGCUAGAACCCAGAAUAAUAUUUUCUCAAAGUAUAAAAACAACUGUGAAAAAUUCGAUAAUGAGAGUGAAAAGAUUCAGCAAGAUAUCGAUUUUCUCGAGAAAGAAAUUAAUGAACACGAAGAACAAGUGAAAAACAUAAAAGAAUACAUCCAAACCUCCCAAGAAAUUUUUCCAGACAAAAUAUUUAUACUGAAAGAUGAUUAUACAACCUACCAAUUAACGGACCGACGUUUAAAGCAAUAA